AAACCCCCAGAAAACCCCAAAAGCGCAUGGGAGCUCCAUAGAGCGCGAAACAACAAGAAGAACCAGAGAGAGAGAAGUCGAGGGGCAGAAUGGGAAAGAAGAAGAAGAGGGUGGCGUCGAAGGUGUGGUGCUACUACUGCGAUAGGGAAUUCGACGACGAGAAGAUAUUGGUGCAGCACCAGAAAGCUAAGCACUUCAAGUGCCACGUCUGCCACAAGAAGCUCUCUACUGCCGGCGGUAUGGCCAUUCAUGUUCUCCAGGUCCACAAAGAGAACGUCACCAAGGUUCCAAAUGCAAAGGCUGGGAGGGAAUCAACGGAUAUUGAAAUUUAUGGGAUGCAAGGAAUCCCACCUGACGUCUUGGCAGCACACUAUGGUGAAGAAGAAGACGACGCCCCAUCAAAAAUGGCUAAAGUUGAAAUCCCAGCAACUCAGGUUGUUGGGGGAGUGGUGCCAGGUUCAUUGGGGGCAUAUCCUCCUCAACCACCUUAUGGAAUGCGGCCAAUGUACAAUCCAUCUGUCUCAUUGCCUCAUAACGGUUGGCAAGUUGCACCUCGUCCCCAGCCAUGGUACCCACAGCCUCCAGCAGUCUCAGUUCCUCCACCUUCUGGAUUGGGUUAUACACAACAGCCAUUGUUUCCUGUGCAGCCACCUCUAUCAUCAACAACAACACCGGGACUUCAAUCUUCACAUGUAACUCCUCCUGGACUGCCUGCAUCAAUGCAUCCCGUUCCUGUAUCACAACCCCUGUUUCCUGUUGUUGGUGUCAAUAAUUUGCCACCUCAAAGCUCUCCAUUUUCUGCUCCCAUGCUUUCUACACAUAUUCCAUCAAACCCUCUAGGCUCGAUGGAUGCACAUCAAGGCGCUAGACCUUCCAUUCCAAAUAGUUACCACACUUCAAAUAUUCCAGGUGGGAACUUAAAUAACUCACACUCUUACGCAUCUGGUCCAAAUACUGGUGGCCCAUCAAUCGGACCACCCCCUGUAAUAGCAAACAAAGCUCCCCAGCCAGCCACUAAUGAAGUGUAUUUAGUUUGGGAUGAUGAGGCUAUGUCCAUGGAGGAAAGAAGAAUGUCUUUACCGAAGUAUCAGGUGCAUGAUGAAACUACCCAGGUAAGUCAUACUACCUCUUUAACUUUUAUGGAGUUGGAUUUCUCUAACCAGAUGGGUAGGCUUUAUUCAGCUUUACAAAUUUGUUUGUUUACCAAUUCCUUCCUGAUUAUAAAUGUAUUUUCUUUGAGUUCGAUCUUUAAAAUUUGAAAAGAAGAAACAUGUGAACUUUUAAGCAACAAUUUCUGCUAUUGGUUGUUUGUUUAAACUGCCAUGCUCCGGUUGCACGCAACUGCAUCAAAAAUUUCAAGUAGGUAUUUACUUUUGUGUUAUAGUUAGUAAUUACUAUUUUGACAAGCUUGCUGCAAUGGACUCAAGGGUGCUCCAACCUUUGCAUCAUACUCAGUUAAGUGCGUAAUGUAUGUAUUUGCUCAUUGUCUGUUGUUAGUCAUUCUCCCUGCUCUAUCUUGAGUUGUGGGAGUUUGAAUCAAACAAGAUGAAUCGCAACAUAACUUUGCUUAAUUGUAGCACCAUCACUUUAAUUUAUCAUUGCACAGUGAAUUCGGACUUGGCCCAGGUCAGCUUCUUUCAUAAAGUUUGACAUCUAUUGGAUAGGACAAAAUCUUAGUAUCUAGCUUGCCCAAGUUGAUUGCAUCCAUUGUUCUUCUCUGAUGAUCGUUACUAUUGCUUUUGUGUUCAGAUGAGCUCAAUCGACGCAGCCAUAGACAGAAGGAUUUUGGAGAGCAGGCUUGCUGGUCGAAUGGCAAUUUAGAUCAAUUGGCUGUUGGAAUCUGGUGCUGAGAGAGAUCACUGAGUUUAUAUGAAUUCCAAGAUAGGCUUCCCUGAUUCGACUUACAAAUGACCAUCAUAUAAGUUUCUAUUCUAUUCUUUGCCAGAAUAUGGGUUAGGGGCAAUUUUUUUAAGUUAUCAUUCUUUUCCUUUUCUCCCUUUUGGCUCCUAUGGAUUUUGUUGUAACUUGUAAGCCUUGUAGAUUAGGUUUAAAUACAAGGAUGACAUUUUAUAUAUCUUUAGCUCUUUGAUUACUCUAUCCCCAGUUUGUUAUUUGCUCAAACGCUGAGACGUUAUAUCAGUGACUAGUUGGAGUUACAUUUUGAACAAUCAUUGUGUAUCACUAUAAUGUAUUCUGUCCCAUACU